GUGCACACCUUCGUCGUCAUUGGUUGUUAUUUGUUUUGCUUUAAAACGACUACUCUCUAAACAUGGAGGCAGAAGUUGAGUUUUUGCGUGAUCAAGUCCGCAGGUUAAAUUCUGCUCUCAGCCAAUAUCAGUGUGGACACCGCACUCAAUCAACAUCAUCUCAGGUUGAAGAAGCACGGCGGGCAGAGUCUCCUGCACCCUGGCUCUCAGAUAGGGGCAUAAUGGCUCCGCUUAUAGCAGAGUAUGAUCAGCACAUGGCUGAAAUGACUGAAGAGCUGCAAAAAUACCAGGAGCGGAUGACAAAUCUAAGGCUGAAGGUGGAGAGGCUUGUGAUAGAAAAUGAAAGGUUGCACGGAGAGCUAAGAGAUGCUGUUGAAAAACAGCUCCAUGCCCUUCCCAUAGCUUCAGGAGUGGAAGGAAGCACAAUGGAGGAGGAUGCCAUCAUCAAAAACCUUCAAGAACAGAUUCAGCUGUCUGAGCAGGAGCGGGUGCAGGCCAUGGAGCUGUGGCAGACAGCAACCCAGGAGCUGGAUCGGCUACAGCAGGUUUACCAGAAAGCCAACUCUGACAGGCAGCUCCAUGAUGCUCAGAGACAGCAGCUUAAGGACCAGCUUGUUCAGUUCCAGCAGCACGCUUACAAACUCCAAGUGGCCAAUCAGAAGCUGGAAUCAACUAACCAGCAGCUCCUGAAGACAGUGACAGAACAGAGCACGGAAAUGGAGGAGUUACACAGUCAGCUCAGACAGGCUAAAGCUGAACUUAGGACGUCCACAGCCAAAGUAGAUGAGAUGACCAAAUUGUUGCAGAAUUUUCAGGAAAAAAUGCAGAGACGGGAGGAAGAUGUAGCAGAAGCUCAGGGCCGUGAGGAUGCAGCAGACAGACGUCUCCAGCAGCUUCAGACAGCCUUAAACCAACUAGAGACCAGGCUAAAAGCUGCAUCGCAGGACGCAGAGGCGGUUCGCAGAGAGCAAGCUGUGUGGGAGAGACAGAUGGGGGAGCUCCAGGCACGUUGCUCCACCCUAGAAGAGGAGAAGUAUGAGGCUCUGUCCAAAGUCCGAGAGAGUGUUCAAGUAGCUGAGGAAGCUGCAUUGCAAAAGGACCAGGCUCUGUUAAGAGAGAAACAGAAGAUUGAAGAGCUAGAAAAGACGAAGGAGGCCAUCAAACACCUAAUACAGGAGGCAGCAGUUCGAACCAGGAAGGAGGUGGAAAAUGUGCGCAAGCAGUGCAACAUGCAAAUCCAUCGUAUGGCAGAGGAGCUGUCUGCACUGCAGUUGGAGUGUGCAGAUAAAGAGUCUCAGAUUGAAAGGUCCCUGCGUGAGAGAAAAGCGGUAGAGGAGGAACUGGAGAAGGUGUAUAAGGAGGGCAGAGCAGAGCCAGAGUUCAAGAAGAUUGAUGCCCUUCAUCAGAGGUGUCUAAAUGCAGAGAGACUGAAGGAAGACAUAAGUCUCACUCUGCAAAGUACCCAGAACAAAAUGAAAAAGAUGGAGAUUGAUUACAGUGAGGAGCUGUCUCGGUGCCAGGAGGAAGUGCGACGGCUGCAGGGCUCUCUGGCUGCAGCCCGGGACGACUGCGUCGGCAUCAGUGAGGAGCGGCUCCAGCUGCAACAGGAGAACCUGCAGCUCCACAGGGAGAUGGAUGAACUUCGUAAGGCUACUUUGCUGGUCCAAAAGAAAGCCAAGCAGCAGGUUUCAGAGAUGGAGCAAGACUACAGUCUCAGAAAACAAGGACUUGAUGCACGUGUGAUGGAGCUGGAGGAAAGCAGUCGAAGCUCUAGCGCUGACCUGACACGCCUUCUUGCAGCACAGCAGAAAAGCACUCAACGAUGGAAAGAAGAGGCCAAGAAUCUUGUGCAGUCCUUUGAGACUAAAAUCACAAGUCUCAAGGCAGAACUGAAUCGGCAGAAGCAGCGUUCACAUGAGCUGGAGAUGCAGCUUGAAACCAGCUAUAAUACUAUUUCAGAGUGUGAGAGGCAGCUGGCUAAAUUUCAAGAAAAGACAAGUCGUCUCCAGAACAGACUGACACAAGCUGAACAGAGGGCUGCUACUGCAACACAACAGGUAACUAGCAUCUCAGUAUGCUGGCAUCACAGCGAAGGAAAACAGCCAUGGCAAAUCCAGACUAACUGACAACUUGUUAUGUAUAAUAUAAUAAUAUAAAGAAAUAUUUAAGUACUUGCCCACAGUUUGAACAUUUGCAUAAGAAAACACUUUUGUACUGUAUGCUUUGGUAAUUAACCAUAACUUAUUAGUUUUAUACACAAACAUUGUAAUUGUUAUUUCUCUGGUGAGUUGUAUUUUCUGGUUCAAAGUGCUUCUGUUUAAUAUAAUGUGAAAUAAACUUUUUAAUAUUUACAAAUUAUUCAAAGUAUUUUCAGCAAUCUCUUCAUACCGGAUCUUCAGGCUGUUGGAGAAACUGGAUUUCAAGAAGCUAAUCAUUUCCACCUGUUCUAGGCUUGUCCAGAAAUAUUAUCUUUCUGGCAAGAAAUGUAGAACUAUUGACAAUAUUUGGCAAGGGAACUAAUUUUAAUGUGAGUGAACGUCUUUAGGGUUGGUUAAAUCAGAGAUAG